AUGGGAGGUUCACGGGUGAAGACCACUGGGGUUCUACUCUGUCUGUGUUACUGUAUCAACACUGGAAUUUCAGAUGAUCUCUCUGGUCGCUGUGUUCAGCCCAUAUGCCUGCCUCUGCCCAGUGAGAACUUCCCACCCAGGACCAGCUGCCUUGUGAGUGGAUGGGGACGGACCAAAGAACGCGGUCUUCUACCUGCCAUUCUAAGAGAGGUGCAGCUGGAGUUGGUGGAGCCAGCUAAGUGCAAGUAUGUUCUCCAGACCCUGAGACCCACACAGCAGGCCCUCACUGUGCUGUGUGCUGGACCAGAGAGAGGAGGAAAGGACGCCUGCCAGGGGGACUCUGGGGGUCCUCUGAUCUGCCCCAGGGAGGACGGCCACUGGGUCGUGGUGGGGGUCACCUCCUGGGGGAAAGGUUGUGGCCGUAGCUGGAUCAACAACAAGGCCAAGUCGUCGGCCAAGAGAGGAUCCCCGGGGGUAUUCACUGACGUCAAGAUGCUCCUGCCCUGGAUCAAGAUGAAACUCAGAGAAGGGAGGUUCUGUGGCAGCGCCACCCCGCCCCCAGUGCUCAUCGACUCCCACAGUGCUUCUCUCCAAUUUGUGUCUGAUGUCAGUGGAACAGGAAGCGGAUUUGUUGUUAGAUUCCGAGGUGUCGAGGGAAAUUCUGUGCCUGCGUCGGGAUGUGGCACCGUGGCUCUGGUCCAGGAUCAGAGGGCCGUACACAGUCUCAACUACCCACAAUCCUACAGCAACGACUCUGUCUGCCACUGGGUAAUCUACGCCCCCAAGGGUCACGUUGUCAAGCUUGACUUUGAUGACUUUGAACUGGAGCAAUCGGAUGACUGUGAAUAUGACUCGCUGACUGUUCUUGGAGAUGUGGAUACAAAAGAGGAGAUAGCGGUGCUGUGUGGUAGGAAUGUGCCUCCCCCCGUCCUGAGCUAUGACAACGUGAUGGUCCUCCAGUUCACCUCUGAUAGCACAGUCACCUACCGAGGCUUCCACGCCACCGUGUCAUUCAUCAGUAAGAUCGACCUGCUGGACGGGGAGUCAGAGGAUGACACUGUUCACUUUCAACACUCACUGCCAGACUCGUGUGGAAUGCCUCAUGUCAGUGCUGCCUCGACCUCCAGUGAGUCUCUGGAAGGAGUGGGGGAGUCGCGACACGCCUGGCCUUGGGACGUUCGGCUCAGCAAGGACACUAACAACAUCUGCUAUGGGGCCAUCAUCCAGCCUGCCUGGGUCCUCACUGCUGCACACUGCCUUCUAGGCCUGGAGGACCAAUCAUUAAGGUCACUGUUGGUGGAGACGGGAGGCCCGAAGAACCAGAGGCGUGGUGUGAGGAGGCUUGUGCUGCACCCUCAGUAUGACCCCUCCUCCCAGGACUAUGAUGUGGCCCUGCUACAGCUGGACUCCCCGCUGCUCAUCACUGAGCAUGCCUUGUCUGUCUGUCUGCCCUGCUCGGGACCGGAAGUCCCACAAUCCCAGGUCUGCAUGCUUUCAUCGUGGGAGAGUCAGACAGGUGGACCAUGGAACAGCACUGUUGAGCCGCUAGAGGUGCCACUUGUGAGUCAUGCGGACUGUGAACGUUAUAACACUGGUAGACUGACCGCUAGAAUGCUGUGUGCUGGGCCACCACAGCAUCGUGGACAGGACACGUGCACGGGUCCAGGGGAUUCUGGGGGAGCACUGGUGUGUCAGAGAAAGGACUCUGGUUACUUUGUCCUGGGAGUGAGCAGCCGAAAGGAAGGCUGUGGGAAGUUCCAGAGGCCAGGAGUCUACACCUCAGUCCCCAUGAUAACAGACUGGAUUCACGAAAAACUCCACGAAGAUUCAGCUGACUCCUCUAGAACCCUGCCAUACCAGAAGCAGCAGGAGGAGCUGGCCUUCAGCAUAGAUUAUGAUGAUAAUAACUAUGGAGCGGAGUCAUCUGGAGAAUCCUAUUAGCCUUGACCCACCUAGCUUGAGGCUGGAGGACCAUGUGGUAUUCUUACGGAGUCAAGCUGCUUUUUGUUGCUUCCAUAUACCGCUCAGAAAUUAAACAGACACAGCGGUUCUAACAGAGACAUGAUUUGAAAAAGGGAACAUCCAAUCAGCACAAAUUCCAUGGAUUUUUGGGAAGGGCUAUGGAACAAUUGAAUUGUCAUACUGUCUGUCUGUCUGUCGCACGCACGCACGCACGCACAGUACACACAGUACACACACAAACACAAGCAGUUUUUCAAUUAAUUAUGCUAAGAGAAACAGUUACACAAAUUAUGUUUUCCUUAGGAGGAAGAAGACAUGUCUCGUCCCAAAGAAUUUAUGCUACCCACGUAUUUCUAAAUAAAUACUUGACACAUACAGUUCCUACCUGUUCCACCAGCGAUCAUUCCCAUACAGUAUGUUUAAUUGCGGACCUUAGCCUCAGACUACUUAUUAGGUUGAAUGGCAAAUUUGCCUUUAAAUUGGGAGAAAUUGGUUUCAAUAAGGUUUGAUGCAUUGUAUUACAUUGCCCUCUAUUGAUCAAACAAUGAUAAUGCCAUGAUGAAGCACAGCAUGGUACACACCUUACUAGAAUGACUAGAUCACAGUACACACACACACACACAAAUAUUUUAUUUGUAAACCAGUGUUCAACCACUGAGUGAUCUGACACUGGAGUGAUAAUAUUAAAUUAUAGCGUCAUCAACA